GUUUGGAACUGGGUGGAAAUCCUGGAGAUGGAUCUCUUAGGAGACUGUCUUCCAAUUGGGUUAGAUGCACAGGAGCGAUGGAUCGCCCCAGCUACCUGGAAGAGGACUAUUCUAGCCUGGAUGGGCUGGACGAUGACGUGUUUCACUCUGAUGACUUUGGACUUGCAGGUCAGCCUGGUGAGAUGACUGCAACUGGCAUUUUCACACAGAACCAGUCCUACAGCUGCCUUCUGGGGAGGUUUCAACUAUUCCCCCUCACACACUGCUGUGGUCCCGGUAUCAGGCAUCCCGAGCAGCAGGACAAGGCAACUCAAACACUCAGCCCGUCCUCUUCCAGUCAGGAUGUUAUGUUGCCUUGUGGAGUCACUGAAGAGCCUCGGAGACUCUUCUAUGGGAAUGCUGGUUACCGUUUACAUGUCCCUCCAGUUGGCUUUCCAUUGGAUCCACACCUCCAAGAAGAGCCUCAGGAAGGUCAGCGGGAAGCGCGUGCCGAGGUGCAGAUUGCACGGAAGUUGCAGUGCAUUGCGGACCAGUUCCACCGGCUCCACAUACAGAGGCAUCAGCAGAACAGAAAUCAAGUGUGGUGGCAGCUUUUUCUCUUCCUACACAACUUGGCCUUAAACGCGGAGGCGAACAGGAACCACACUGGGCAGAGGUGAGCUUCACCCGCCUGUUUCAGGCCGCAUCCAGUCUGCAGGGAGCACUGAACAAACACUGGUUCGGGGGCAAGACAUUGCACACCGCCGGCCGGAUGUGAGGACUCUGCAUUUCUGAUACUCGUCUUCAAGUUUGGGGGUUUUUACGGACUCUUCUUUGCUGCUGCCUGCCUCGCGAGGCAGGGAGCUCUUGUCCAACACUGUUGAAGGAAAGCCAGAAUGUGGGUGUGUUUGGUAAAGCUUGCUGCUGGUUCCCCGUGCCGGUGACCUCUGUGCAAGGGAGGCAGGUGUUAGAUGAACGGCUUCCUCUGCCCCCUGUGUUAGUCAACAGUAGAGCGCAGGAGUGUCAUUUUGGCUGCUAGUUAGAAAUGAUGUCUGGGAUGGGUGACUCUAAACGUACCUUGGGUAUCUUCCAGAGCAGAGAUGCUUGAUUCCUCCACAAAGAAAGUUCUUUUUAGCAAUGAAAACAUUCAAGUAGCUUACAUCCAGCAGGUUACUUGUUUUCUGCAUGUG